GGUCCUUACUCCCGAGAGGCUUUGCGCUUGAAUGGCAUAGCGGUUUGGUUAGGAGUCUCCUGAAUGCUGUUUGCCCGGGGUUCAGCCGUGUGAGGAUGUCUGAGACCAAACAUCAGCUAAGUCAACACAAUCCAACGUUAUGUUUUGGGCAGUAUCAGUAUACAGCUGAGGAAUAUCAGGCAAUCCAGUGCGCAUUGCAAAGGCGCUUAGGCCCAGAAUACAUUAGUCAACGUCCAGCCGGUGGAGGGCAAAAGGUAUGCUAUAUCGAGGGUCACAGAGUUGUUAACCUAGCUAAUGAACUCUUUGGAUAUAAUGGAUGGUCCCAUUCCAUCACACAGCAAAAUGUUGACUUUGUGGAUCUCAUUAAUGGAAAAUUUUAUGUGGGUGUCAGUGCAUUUGUAAAGGUCCAACUCAAGGAUGGAUGUUUUCAUGAAGAUGUUGGUUAUGGAGUGAGUGAGGGACUGAAAUCCAAGGCAAUGUCCCUAGAGAAGGCCAGGAAGGAAGCAGUUACUGAUGGACUAAAGCGAUCUCUGAAAUCCUUUGGCAAUGCUUUGGGUAAUUGUAUUCUGGAUAAAGAGUAUCUUCGAAUGGUUAAUAAACUACCCCGGCAGCAAACAGAUUUUCAGUUGGCUGAUGCUAAAAGAAAGGAUGACGAACCCAUGGUUCAGAAGGCCAGGUACAGCAGCUUAUUACAGGCUCAGCUCCACCCUCUGCCUGCUCCUGCUUCAUGUCCUCCCAACGACGGUGUCAAAGGAGAAACUGCAGACAGGAAGAAAGAUGUGGUAGGAGGAAAUUGCAGCCUUUCCCGCAGUACAGAUUACAACACUGAUCUGGACCCCACACACCAACGGAAACUUCGACAGAAGCAACUCCAACAACAGUUCAGAGAACAGAUGGCAAAGAAACUCAAACCACAGCUACACGAAACUGGUAGUUGUAGUGUAGCACAAGCUAACAAUGACACAGUGACAGCUGUGCAGUCUAAAUUGGUGCCACAGAUUAAUCACAGCACUCCAGUCAACAAUGAGGCAGAUUUAUUCGAGGAUAAGCUCCUAGCUGCAGAUGAUCCUGAACUCUGGGAUAUUCCCUUAGAUGGCACCAGUUUUGAGAGCAAUCCAAAUGUCCCUUGUCUGGAGCAAACUCCAUCUACACCUCCUCCAGGUCCACAUCACAUGAUGACAAGGAGCAGAACCCCGCAAAGGAUUAAUCCCUCAAAACAAUCACACAAUGCCUACCAAAGUAGAACAGUAGAAUCCAGUCCUUGCCAAAUGGGGCAAUUCAUGAAGAAACGCAGGCUGGAGCCUGCCUGAAAGGAUCAAUGUGGCAAACUAUUACCAUAUACUUUCUUAAUAAAUCUUUUUGUUGUUGUUAUUUUUGUUUGAGAGACAUGUCCAGUGCCACUCCACAAUGCAGCUUUUGGGGAAAGCAUGACUUUUUUUUGAAGUCUUUUAAUAGCACUUGCCCAUCUGAUAAGUUUACUUCAAAGCUACGCCACACUUAUGCUGAUAUUUCCCAGGAACCUUUAUGCAGCUGUUAUGAUGAAUAUGCAGCACCACACUGGAAGGCAACUUCUACAGCAACUUGCACUGAGGUAAUCAGACUGUACUGUGAGGUGCAGAACGUUUGCUGUGGUCAUGUGCGGGGAAAUACUGAGAAAUCAAAAUUGUACUAUUUUCACCAAUAUUAAUCUUAAGGGAAUAAUGUGGUUAGAAGGCAUCGAAAGUUAUCUGAAAAGGCUGCUGUAAAUUGACUGGUGAAUUUACCAUGAGCCAUUACACUGUAGAUUGGGGGGAAAUAAAGGAUAGGUGAUAUUAAGUAAUUUGUGAUUGAAAUAUCAUUUUGCAUUGUUGAUCUUAUUUUUGUCUCAAUCAUCCAAGCAUCCAGUGAUUUUUACCUAUUACUGAAAGAAUUGCAGAGAAAUCCAGUCAGCAAGAAUUGUUUGUACAUGUAUAUUGGAGUACUGCUGAGUGAAACUGAAAAUCUGCUUCAUUUUUGGGAGUUAUACAAGGAAUUAUUCUUAAUUACCAGAAACAAUGAUUUCAUACCUUGGAGUCACGAUCCUAAAUGAUAUCAUUCAGUUUUUCCAUGGGCAUUGUUUCAUUUUAUUUUUCUAUUUGUUUUUAAUUAUAUUUUAACUUCAAUUCUGGAUCUUUCAAAAUAAAAGUGACAUUAAGAUAUGUUUAACCCAUUGAAUUCAAAUCUUGUUGCUUUUCCUGUUUAAUGUACCA